ACGGCAAUUUGACUACGGUCACCUCUCACUAACUACUACCGAUCAACCGACUGGCUGCGGUGACUAAUCGCGCGCUGUGCUCGUGCGACACGAGCGCCACAGCGGCAACCAGACAAACUAUUCGCGCCUCCGGUGCGCGGUCCGCUCAGAAGUGGCUGACAGCCGUGGCGAACGGACGUGUUCAACGCUACGUCUGUCCGUGGCGUUUUAGCGAAUUUUGCUGCUACUUGUAGAGGCUGUUUGAUAAUUGUUUUACCCAUAAUAUGUUGCUCCGGACUGUGCCUAGUUGCGCUGGUAACGAACGUCCUGUGGACGAUAAUCGAAGACACACACACGUACACAUAUAUCGUGUGUGAACAACAACCACGGUGGUGACUCCGUUUCCACAGCAGAAACUGGCUAUAUAUCUGUAUAUGAGGACAGAUCGAUGGCUGUGACAACGACCGGUCUCCGCUUAAACAAAUGUGGAAUUAUCUAGAACUGCUGCGAUACGAGCGAGCCGUUCUCUCUCAAAGCGCGGCAUGGGUUAGCGAAGACAGCUUAGAGAAGCUAUUCAUCAGCCAUAGCAUCAACGUUAACAAGUGUCUAAUAGCUGAUAUUGCUUGGACGUCGUUCUGAUUCGCCCUGUGCCUCCUCCUGUAUCGCUGUAUGGCCAGAGUCCGCAUAAAUUGUUUACGCUCGUGGAGCAAUCGCUGUACACAAGUGCAUAGAGUGCUACAGCAGGGAUCGAAAGUCCGAUCUUUACAUAGCAAUAAUAUCAAGUUGAGUUCACAACCCGUCAACGGACUCCCCGUCGAACCCGACGGUUACCGCCUGGCAGCUUUUGCCCGUUAACGGCAGAACAGCGACGCGCAACAGAGAGCCUCGCAGCAGCGAAGUGAUAGCAGUACUCGAACUACCAGCGGUGACUGGCAGUUGUAAACCUCUGACUAUUCACGCCCAACGUGACGUUUCUUGUAUGUUUGUGCUCUGUUUCUGUUCCUCUCGCCCUGCUAAUUCAGAGGACGAUGUUGGCUGGACAUCGGCGGAGACCGGCGCAUUGCUACGAGUACGUCCACUUUGACGCCGACAACGAUUAAUGUCGCCACUGCAGCUGCUUCUGCUAGUAGCAUUCGUGUGGCGCUAAGCUUUCAAGUUAUUUAAUUUACGUCAUUUAAAGUAUCUGCAGAGGGUUUUAAUGUUGCUUCAGCAUGGGCGCCUACUAUAAUAGUAGAAAUUCAACGGCUGUAAUAUUAUGAAGCGGGCAACGACGUGACCUUACAGGCUUGCCUACGCAGAGAAAUACAACGGCACCAACAACAACAGCGACAGCAGGAAAAGGUUGAUCAUUUUCUGCGUUGGCCGUUUUCAUAUUGUUGAUCAUUGUAGAGGUUGUCGUCGUCGUCGUCCUUAACAGCCUCUACAUCUUGGAGUUGUUGCACAAGAAGAAGUUCUAUGAUUUGGGCGGUGAUUGUUACCUAUGUCGAUCUUCCCGGUGCUUCGAAUCAGCUUCACACUAAAAUUGUAUGUAGAAUAGUAUUAUAUACAGCGUAGUAUUGAUCGUUUGGACAAUACACUGCUGGAUUACGGUUUGUGAGCUAUUGGAUAACGUGCACGAUUGUUCAGCGCUUUCAAUUGUUAUAACUCUGUGACGACGAGAACGUUUGCUCAGUCCCUGAAUUAAAUUGACUACUCGUCUAACGCCCCAGCACAAACACGGGGUGUCGCUCGGAGUAUAGCCUCAAAAUGUUGAAAUGGAAGGUGCAACCUAAAACUCAUCAGAAGAUUUUACCUGCUACAGCAAACAGAUCGCCGAAUGACUCUGAAGAGCACAACAACAAUAACAAUAAAAGUGGACUCCAGCGGGAAGAAGGGACCAACCAGAUCCGCACUAGCUGUUCUCUAGAUUUCCUCAAUGAAAUCCGUGGACAGAAGAGCGAUUCGCUUGGAAGUCAGGUUGCUGUCAACUUCAACCCCGGAGGCAUUUUCAAUCAGUCAGUAGGCAGCCUUUCGCCUGUAACGCCGCCUCCACGACAUCGUUAUAUUUCUCCGGAACGAAGAGCUGGCGUCAGGAAUAAAGGGGCUGGUUCGACUCCGCCGUCGAACAGCGGUACCCCGACACCUGCAAAGGCCGUUUUCAUCCUUCAGAAAUCGGAAAGCCGCGAAAGUGUUCACAUUGACGUCAGCAUCGUCAACGAUGACGGGCUCUGCAACACGAGCACCAACGAGGACGAAGGCGGCAGCAACAGCAAUCGCAACAACACGCUGGCCAGUAUCGGCUCUCAGGUAAUGAGCACCACGACGCUUCCAAUCAUUCGAAGUGCGGAAGUUUGCGACGACGAAACCCACAACCAAAAAAUAGCGCUAGACCAUUUCAAAUUUGCGAGGACACGAAGCAUGCGGGGUCCUAAAGGCUUACGCAUCUCGAAAGUGUACCAUCAAGGAAGAGAAGCCGAUACUACAGCUGCCCUUACGUUCUCAUCAGAAGAUGAGGGAAAAGGUAAUUCCGAUCAAUCAGAAUCGCCUCCGCCCUUGCCACCGCGGCGACACAGGUCUCGGCCAGGUACUGCGAUGUCAUCGUAUCGGGCUGGAGGUGGUCACCAGAGCACGCUGGAUACCAACUCGAUUUCUUCAGAAGAAUCCUUUCCUUCUAUUCCCUGUCUACUGGCGACCGACCUGCAUCGUUUGCGGGUGACAGGUGAUGUGGUUCCGCCCGUGGUUCCACCCAAGAGCCCACUUAUAACCCGCAUUGAAGUGACAGGAGAGCCCGUCAAGCCCACUGUGAUAUCGACUGAGGGCGUUGACAAUAGUCGCCAUCAUGUUCGAAGUCGCUCGGAAGUAAUCUGCGGCAGUGAAGAAGCGAAAAUUGUCGCUGCCAAGAUAAGUGCAGUCCGACUGCCGCCUGUUAUUAAGAAGAACACUCGCACUAAGAGCUCGGACAACAUUAUCCGCAAAAAUAGGCCUCAAGCUACGAAGAGCGAAUCCAGUGACUCGGUUGACGAGGGCAUAGUCCUAUCUACUCCGACGAAGGCUAGAAGUCACUCGGCCGGUCGGACAAGGAAGCUAUCUGAAGAGAUCGAAAGCUACAAUGUAUAUAACGUCCGCACCGGCAAAAUUACGACGAGCCUUCAGAAACCUGUGUCGUCCACGACUAGUGCAGUACCAUCGGGAGCCACCGAUACCUCCACGCUUACUAAACGUGCUGAGCGGCAUCAGAAUUGUAAAAAAUGCAUUCACGCCACCAAGAGCUAAUCACUGGUAAUGGGCUAGUCAGCUUGGUGGUUUCUCCGAACAUGCAGAGAGAAAACGGAAAUGCAACAUCAUUUCAGAACCGGAAGUAACCGCACCGGAAGGAGAUGGCGUGGGAAAAAACAAACAGUCCAGCCCAGUGGGCGCGAACAGCAAUAGAGAAGGACGGGAACUUGCGUUCAAAGCGACCAUGGUAUGCGGAUUUUCAACUCCAGCAAAAGGAAACGAGAUCGUAGGCUGAGCGAGCCGAUGACGGAAAACGCAUGAUGAUUAUUUGGAGCAAUGGCACCAAAUGAAUCUUUAUUAGCAAAUGUUGCGUCGCUCACGGGAGCUGCUAAUAAGAAAAGAGUAAUUGUUUCUGCAGUUGUCAUGAUUCUGUUUUUAAACAGAUUAAAGAAACGCUAGUAGAAAGACAGAAUAGUGAUUCCAAACGAGCAAAAAAAUAAUGAGAUAUGGGAAAAACAUCGGAUUGGUGCGGAUCCUGCUCUGGCAGGAGAUGACGUGCAAUAGCCGAAGUCGCAAUUGUUGUUUGUUUCCUCAUAUACAAAUAACACAGUAUAUACAUAUAUACUAUGUUAUAUAUAUAUAUAUAUAUAUAUAUAUAUAUAUAUAUAUAUAAAGUUGAUUUUAACUCAUCGAAACAGCUGGUGAAUCUUGAAGGAACCGUGAACGCGAGCAGCAACGCAAAGGAGAUUUAGAGUGUGAACCAGCGGACGACACGACGAUGAUACGCAAAUGCAAUAUUCUUGGAAAAUUUGUAAAUGUGUUAGUGCACGCAUAGAGAAUAACGGCGGCUGGUACAAAAAGGGAAAAGAAAAAAAAGCCACGAAUGAAAUGAAUAUGUACAGAUUUUCAGUGACGGCGGUCAUGGUAAUGAGAGAAACAUGGUGGGACAAUAGAUGUUAUUCCUGGUCAAAUAUUCGUGUGGUAAGUACAAGCUUGCGCCGUUCUUAUUGUGUUGCUAUUUUUCAGCUUGUGACUCCAAGUACCUACCUGUGCAAUUGCUCUUUCAAGGAUAGGUAGACUAUAAAAAUGCUAGUUUGUUAGACCCAACCGCUCUGCGUGCAAGCCUGAACUUUACUCGCGUAAUGUCUUCAAGCGGCUUUCAUAGCAGCGUUCGUUGUAAGCAUAGAAAGGAAUAAAUAUGACUAACUUCAGUAUGCACAAAGUUUACUUACUUUUUUUGAUUCUGC